AUGCCCGCCGCUUCGGCAGCCGCCGACCCAACGGCCAUGGUUGGCCUCAUGCCGGCACCGCCCGGCGUGACGCCUGACUUCUUCCACACGACGGAGGUGCAAAUCAGCUUCAUCACCGUAUUCGCGGUUACCUUUGCGCUGGCGACCAUAGCGCUGGUGCUUCGGUUGUACACUCGCAUCUGUGUGGUCAAGUCGGUUGGGUUCGAUGAGCCGCUGCUUUUGAGUUCGUGGGCGGUAACGCUAGCUUUCUUCAUCGUUUCGGUAAAAGCCAUGCCCGCUGGAUUUGGGAGACACCUGUAUGAAGUAACACAGACACAACUCGUGGGGUAUCUAGAGCGUCUACUCUCUCUCGCACUCACCUACAUCUGGCCACCGACACUCACCAAGCUCUCCAUCCUGGUCUUGUACUGGCGUAUCAGCCCAAACAAGAUCUUCCGCAUCUGCAUUGCGUUGACUGCCCUGGUGCUGAUCGGCUACUCCGUCACCUUCACCGUGCUGUUCUCGGGGCCGUGCAACCCGCUCCUGGGUACCCCCGAGAGCGCCAUCUGCCUUAACAACAUCGCCGUCGCCCAGGCCGUGCUGAACAUCGUCACCGAUGGUGUGAUCAUUGUGCUUCCGAUUCCUACGAUCCAUGGGUUGAACAUGGGGCUCAAGCAGCGCGUUACGGUCGGCCUUAUCCUGGGUCUUGGUUCAGCUGCCUGUAUCGCCUCCAUCGUGCGCGUCGCCUACGUCCGCGCCAUGGUCAACGACCCCGACGUGACCUUCACGCAGUGCUCAGCCGCCGUGUGGUCGCUUCUCGAAAUGAACCUCGGCAUCCUGUGCAACGCGCUCGCAGCGCUCAAGCCCUUUGUGCGGCAGCAUCUGCCCCACCUCUUCUCGUCAGCCGGCUGGGGCAGCGGGCGCAAGUCGGGCCAACUUGAGGACGGCUCGAACACGGGCGGCAACACCAACAACAGCGCCAGCAAGCGCAGUCGCAAGUGGGGUCACUCGUAUCAUUUGCACAGUAUUGGGAACGGAAAGGUUGAGCAGCGCGCCGGUCAUUCGGGUGUUGAUCGUGCGGGUACUCGGAGCGGGGAUGGUAAAGAUGAUGGGGUUGUGGUCGAUCACCAGUUCUCGGUCGAAUAUGAUAACAGCCAGCGGAAGGCGGGGCUGGGCGUGGAGAGUGGUGGCAGCACAGAGAGCAUUUUGACGCCCCAGUAUCCGAACCAUCGGCCAGUUUGA